UCUCCUUCCCUUCCAACUUCUUAGUUUUCCACAGGUACCUCUCUCUCUCUCUCUCCCGCUGUGUUUAUGUUAGAGACCAGAAACGGUGUAGUAAUGGAUGCCAAGCUCAAACGUUCCAGGCCAAAGCUCGAUCGCCGAAACGCAGUCAAGAACAUUGAAUACGACGCGUCGUAUUCAUCAUCAUCAUCAUCUUCUUCUUCUUCUUCUCCUGCUGCUGCUGCUGCUCUUGCCUCGUUUUACAUCAAUGAGUCGCCGACUCCACGGACUCGGUCUCUCGAUUUGGACGCUAAAACCAGCUUCCGUAUCAAGGGAAUAGAUGGUGAAUUCGACCUUAUAUGUCAGACUUUGGGGUUUUCAGGACCUGAAGAUUUUGCCAUUCCUACUGCAGUCUGGGAGGCCCAAAAAGCUCGCCGGUCGUCCUUCGAUAGUGGUUUGCGAUUGCGUAAUUCGGCUGAGCCGGACGAGUUAGCUGCUCAAUUUGAAGCUAAGGUUGUAAUUGCUAAGGCUAAUGGUGAGGUUAGUGAUGAAGGUAAUCUGGUUCGUGGGAAGGCAAUUGGAAAUGGUGUAGGUGAUUUCAGUAAACGUGAAGGUGAGUUUUCUAAGUUGAGAAAUGGUUCGAAUUUAGCUGAGUUUGGAAGUGGCGGUGGAUUUGGGCGACAUAGAAUUAGUGUGAGAACCAUUAGAGACCGCGGCAGUGGUGUAGGGAUAAAGGGCGAGAGACCGUCGGUUUUGGCGCCGCCACCGGCGCUGUUGCGGCCACCCGUGGUUGAUCAUGCGAGCUCAACUUGGGAUAUAUUGAAAUCUUUUGCUCCUCAAGAUGUUGAAGAUUUGGAUUCUUCAAUUCGAGCUGGGGAUGUAAGCCCUUCAGAUAAAGGAGAUAGAGUGAUCAAAGAGAAGAAGGAGGAGAAAGAGGAGAAUAAUGAUGUUAGUGAAGAUAGGGAACAAAUGAAUUUGGAGAGGAUCCCGGAGAAAGAAGUCCUUUCUGAAGGUUGCUCGUCUCCGUCAAAUAAUAUUGACGAUCACAACGCCGCCGGCGAUGAUCGUGGAGAUUAUAAAAGUUUAACAGUAAUGGAGCCAGUUUAUAGCAUUUCUCCAAAUGGGAAAUUCAGAAGAAGCAUUAGUUCGUGGCAAAAGGGGGAGCUUUUAGGAAGUGGAUCUUUUGGAACAGUGUAUGAAGGAUUCACCGAUGAUGGAUUAUUUUUUGCUGUAAAAGAAGUUUCUUUACUGGAUCAAGGAAGCCAAGGGAAGCAGAGCAUUUUGCAACUUGAGCAGGAGAUUUCUCUAUUAAGAAAGUUUGAACACGAGAACAUAAUUCAAUAUCUUGGGACAGACAAGGAUGAAUCUAAGCUUUACAUCUUCCUUGAGCUAGCAACAAAAGGUUCACUUGCCAAACUUUAUCAGAAGUACCAUUUGAGGGAUUCCCAAGUCUCCGCAUACACAAGACAAAUAUUAAGUGGUUUAAAAUAUCUCCAUGAUCAGGAUGUGGUUCAUAGGGAUAUCAAAUGUGCCAAUAUUCUAGUGGAUGUGCAUGGAUCCGUAAAGCUCGCAGAUUUUGGGUUGGCCAAGGCUACUAAAUUAAAUGACGUUAAAUCUUCCAAAGGGACUCCAUAUUGGAUGGCCCCAGAAGUUGUUAAUUUAAAGAAUCGUGGCUAUGGACUUGCAGCUGAUAUAUGGAGCCUUGGAUGUACGGUGUUGGAGAUGUUAACUGGUCGACCACCAUACUCUCACUUGGAAGGGAUGCAAGCAUUGUUUAGGAUUGGCAGGGGUGAACCUCCUCUCGUACCUGAUUCAUUAUCAAAAGACGCCCAGGAUUUCAUCUUUAAAUGCUUGCAAGUAAAUUCAAAUGAUCGGCCCACAGCAACCCAGCUGUUGAGCCAUCCAUUUGUGAAGAGACCACUUCAAAACUUUGUGAACCCUGCUUCUCCUCGUUACAGCAGCUAAUAGUCAUGAAAAAUUUUGACCAACCGCUCAGGCACAUGUGUGUGGAGGAACAGGCAAAUGAUUUACUUUGCUAUCCCAAGGAGCAGAUGCUGAUCUCAUAAGAGCUAAGGAUGCGUCAUUUCUAGCAUUAGUUCCCAUUUCUGCAAUAGAAGUUUUGUGAUGGGAUAGCGGCAAUUUUUUAUUUAAUUUUAUUUUAUUUUUAGGAAA